CCCAUAAUUAGAGUUUAUUUUUCCCUACUAUUGGGCAGAAACAAAAGCAUAAAAAUGUCCACUAUAUUCAUUCAGGUAGCAUGCAAGGAGCUUAGAAGCAGCCGGCUAUUCCUGAAACUACUAGAAGCUGUUCUCAAACUUGGUAAUCGAAUGAAUGAUGGCACUUUCCGUGGUGGUGCUCAGGCAUUUAAGCUCGAUACUCUCUUGAAGCUCUCCGAUGUCAAGGGUAUUGAUGGGAAGACUACACUCUUGCACUUCGUUGUUCAAGAGAUGAUUCGAUCUGAAGGUGCAAGAGCUGUUCGACUAGCCAAAGAGACCCAAAGCAACUCAGAUGUAAACUCUAAUGACCAAAGCCUUGGAUUAAAGAUAGUUUCUCACCUGAGCACCGAGCUGGAGAAUGUCAAGAAGGCGGCUGGACUAGAUGCUGAUGCCUUGACCAACACAGUGGCCAGUCUUGGUCAUCAAUUGGUAAAGACAAAGAAGUUUAUUGAUACUGAUAUGAAAAGCACAGGAAACAGUGGGUUCCUCCGGCUGCUGAAAUCUUUCGUUGAACAUGCUGAGGUUGAUGUUACCAUCUUAUUGGAAGAAGAAAAGAGAAUCAGGUCGUUGGUGAAGAGCACAACGGACUAUUUUCAUGGGAAUUCAGGGAGGGAUGAGGGCUUAAGGUUGUUCAUUAUUGUGAGGGAUUUUCUUGGUAUGAUUGAUAAAGCCUGCAAAGAAGUGAGAGAGUCUCAGAAGAAAAUGGCAAUGACACCGAGGACUAGGGAUACUCUGACACCGGCAGCGGUUGCUGACCCCAGACAACAUCUUUUCCCAGCAAUUAGAGAUCGGAAGGUGGACAGCUCGAGCACAAGUUCUGAUGAUGAUGAAUCUUAAGGGUUCCAUUAGAAUAGGCUUCUGCCCCUGGGAGAAC